AGUGGAAACUCUGAGCUCGAACACAACAGUUUGUUUUCAUAUAAAAGAGAAUCGUAUUCGAAGCAAAGGAUAUCAUUCAACCAACAGCUUCCCGAUCAGCUUUUACCAAUCCAAAAGUCAGCCAACUGUUGAGUGAUUUCAAACGAAUUCCAUCAUCAUGAAGACUAUGAAUCUUAUUGCCGUAUUGGCGCUGUUGGGCAUCUGCAGAGCAGCGCAGGAUGGACUUAACAUGAAACGUGAUGAUCUUCAAGGAUCUGAAAGCCAAAUUCAAAGAUCGUAUGGAUUUGGUUUUGGGGGCUCGGCUUACGGUUUGGGUGGCUAUGGCGGAGGUCUUGGAUAUGGUGGCGGAUUGGGAGGAUAUGGCGGCGGGCUAGGAGGAUACGGAGGAGGUCUAGGUGGAUACGGAGGCGGCCUUGGCGGAUAUGGUGGCGGUGGAUAUGGUGGAUACGGAGCAGGAGGAUAUGGAGCCGGAGGAUAUGGUGGAUAUGGAGCAGGAGGAUAUGGCGGAUAUGGAGCUGGAGGUUUAGGUGGCUACGGAGGUUUAGGUGGCUACGGAGGUUUGGGUGGCUACGGAGGCGGACUUGGUGGACAUGGAUCAAGCUAUGGUGGUUACGGCGGUUAUGGAUCAGGUUACGGUGGCAUCGGCGGCUUCGGUGGUUUGGGAGGCUACGGAGGCGGACUCGGUGGCUACGGAUCAAGCUAUGGCGGAGGGUAUGGUGGUGGCUACGGCGGUGGCUACGGAGGCGGUUACGGAAGCAGCUACGGUGGCGGAUACGGAGGUGGCUAUGGCACUCGCGCUUACUAGACCAGACUCUAUUUUGCGUCGCAGUUUUAACAUCUCACCACCGAUCCUUUUCCUACUGCUUUUAUAUUGAUUUUCGAUCUGGAACUUUGUAUUUUUGGUCUUUGAAGCGUAUCAUUUCCUUCCCUUAUGUACUGUCUGCUUACUCGUCUGCUUUCCCUUUGUACGUUUUUAACGGAUUACGUAAAUGUAAAAAAAAAAAUGAAACUGAGAGCUUACGUUAAGAAAAUAAACAUUUUUUAUCAUGAAA